AUGAACAAGAGCUUUCUUCCCAUUGUUAAACGAUACCUAAGAAGCUCAAACUCACCAAGAAUGUCGCAAUCCAUAGAUCCCGCAACCUUGCACAAUCCGUACUUCAAUUUGAAACCCGGUCAAAAGGACAUAUGGAGUUUGAUCAACGAAACUGCCGCUGCUGCACAAGCGGAAAGUGGCAAGCCAAUUGUGAACUUGGGACAAGGCUUUUUUUCAUACAAGCCUCCUGAGUUUGCAAUUGACGCUGUGGAGGAAUCUCUCAACUCUGCUCAAUACAAUCAAUAUGCUCCAGCUAAGGGUAAUCCAAACUUACUCUCUGAGUUGGCGAAGUCCUAUACUACCGCAUUUGGGAGACCAGUGGAAACCGACCAAUUGGUUGUUACAACGGGUGCCAAUGAAGGUAUUUUUUCCAUCUUUUUUGGUUUCUUGACACCUGGCGACGAAGUUAUUGUCUUUCAGCCGUUUUUCGACCAAUAUAUUCCAAACGUACAGAUGUGUGGUGCCACCGUGAAGUAUGUCAACAUCAAUGUUCCACCAAAAUUCGCAACUGAGACGGUCACUGGCGAUGAUUGGUUAAUUGACUGGGAAGGGUUGGAAGCAUCGAUCAAUGAAAAGACGAAGCUUAUCUUGAUCAAUACCCCUCACAAUCCCAUUGGAAAAAACUUCAAUGAAAGCGAAUUAAAGAGAAUUGGCGAAUUGGCAAUUAAACAUAACUUGAUUCUCGUGAGUGAUGAAGUUUACGAAAACUUAUACUUCACACCCGAAUUUGUGCGCCCUGCAACCUUGAAGUCCCUUCCUGAAUUAGCCUCUCGAACUUUAACCGUCGGGUCAGCUGGUAAAUCCUUUGCAGCCACUGGAUGGAGAGUUGGUUGGGUGCAAGGACCUGCCUCGCUCAUCAAGUAUGUAAUGGCGGCCCAUACCAGAAUAUGUUUCUCGACUCCAGCUCCCUUGCAGCAAGCAGUUUCUCAGGCCUUCAAGAAGGCUCACGAGGUAGACUACUUCUCGAAGACUAGAGAUGCGUACAUCAAAAAGUACAAGAUAUUCACUGCAGUAUUUGAUGAAUUAGGAUUGCCUUACAGUAUUGCCCAGGGCGGCUACUUCCUUCUUGUUAAUUUGCUGAAGGUCAAUGUGCCUGCAGACUACGAGUAUCCAGAAGAUAUCUUGGCAAGAGGUACAGACGACUUCAAAUUGGCUUACUGGCUCAUCAAGGAAUUCGGUGUUGUUGGAAUCCCUCCAACAGAAUUUUUGCAGCCACAUACAAGGAAAGGUAGUGGACUCGAUAAGUGCAUUAGAUUUGCUGUGUGCAAGGAUGACUCCAUGUUGGACGAUGCAGUAGAGAGGCUCCGUAAACUCAAGCCAUACAUAUCAGAGUAG